GCAUGAAGGUAGGUAGAUGGGAUAUUAUGUAUUAAGAAUCUAGUUUUGAUCCAUUUAAAUAAAUGUAAAUAUUAUAUAAAAUAGGCGUUUGUGUUUAGUGGUGGCGGAUUAUACAACAAUGCUGGCUUAAAAUAAGGCAAAUGGAUUGAACCGGAUGAGGUGUUUUAUAAGGAUAAAAAGGUCACUUAUAAUGGUUAAUAUAAUAUGAAAGGUAAGAAGGUUGGAAGUUGGGAUAUUAUGUAUGACAGAAUGCUAAAUGGAGAAUACAUAUAAAUGUAUAUAUUAGAAAUAAUAAUAUGUGACUUUGUGCAAAGCGGUGGCGGAUCAUACGACUAAGUAGGUAAUUAAAAAAAGAUUGGAAGGUGGAUGGAAUUAUAUGAAAAUUUUUAGUAUAAUGCUUAAGUCAUUUAUAUUGGUGAAUAUAAUUAGAAUGGUAUGAAGGUAGGGAAAUGGAAUAUAAUGUUUAGGGAAUAUGAUGAGAAGGAAUAUGAAUAAAUGUAAUGAAUAA